AUUAAUUGUUCCAUGUUUCACAGACCAAAACUUUAGAUUAAAAUAUUAAGAUAGUAAAAAAUAAUACUCAUUUCGGUUUUUAAUCAGGCAAUUAGUAAAAAGUGGUUUCUUACUACCAAAAUGAGCGAAUUGGACUCGUUGUACGGAAGCUCCAUAUCCGUGGAUACAAUGAAAACUAUUGCUGAAAGUAUUGGUAUUGGAAGUCUUCCUGACGAAGGUGCCAGAGAGUUAGCUGAAGAUAUAACGUAUCGGCUAAAGCACGUCAUUCAGGAUGCAGCAAAGUUCAUGCACCAUGGAAAACGGAUAAAACUUUCAACUUCAGAUGUUGAUAACGCUCUAAAGUCAAAGAACAUAGAGCCACUUUAUGGAUUUCACGUUCCUGACUUUAUUCCGUUUCGUUUUGCUUCGGGUGGUGGACGAGAGCUUCACUUCACCGAGGAAAAGGAAGUUGAUUUAAAUGAAAUAAUCAACGGGCCAGUUUCUAAAUUGCCGUUGGAGGUUACUCUGAGAGCUCAUUGGUUGUGCAUUGACGGAGUUCAACCGACAAUCCCAGAGAACCCCCCACCAGUGUCAAAAGAUUUGCAGAAGUUGGAAGCUAUUGAUCCUGUGGCCAAGCUAUCCAAAGUGUCUAAGGGUGACAAUGCUGGAAAACCAACUGUUGGGAAGGUGCACAAACUCCGCAACGUGGAGACUGUUCAUGUUAAACAACUCGCGACCCACGAGUUGUCCGUGGAACAGCAACUCUACUACAAGGAGAUAACUGAAGCCUGCGUCGGCUCCGAUGAAGGCAGAAGAGCUGAAGCACUACAGAGUCUGGCCUCUGACCCUGGCCUACACGAGAUGUUGCCCAGAAUGUGUACGUUUAUUGCGGAAGGAGUCAAAGUGAACGUGGUUCAGAACAACCUGGCUCUGCUCAUUUACUUGAUGCGAAUGGUCAAAGCGCUUUUGGAAAACCAGAGUCUUUAUUUGGAAAAAUAUCUGCACGAGCUGAUCCCUUCGGUGACGACGUGCAUCGUGUCCAAACAGCUGUGUAUGCGACCUGAGCUAGAUAACCAUUGGGCGCUGCGGGACUUUGCCUCUCGUCUCAUGUCGCAAAUCUGCAAGAACUUCAACACAUCCACCAACAACGUGCAGACUAGGAUAACGAGAAUAUUCGCCACAGCCAUCAACAGCGACAGGUCUCCACUGUCCUCUCUAUAUGGCAGUAUAGAAGGUUUGUCAGAGCUGGGCACAGAAGUGGUGAAGGUGUUUAUACUGCCGAAGGUGAAGCACAUCGCAGACAGACUCGAUCUGGCUAGUGAAGGUGGGACUGUCUCCAUCACUGACAAGAUAGCAUCCGGACAUAUCAAACACCUGCUAGUGAAAGUGCUGACACCACUUCUGAAGACCACUAAGCAGCCGCCUGACAACAUGGAGGAGUAUAGGACAGAGUUUGGGUCGCUAGGUCCGAUGCUGCACCAGGCUGUUGUCAAAGCUCGCACUGCUGCUACUACACCCAACUUGGCUCUCACUCAGCCCACCAUCAUACACUCUGGAGCCAUAACGUCUGUCGCAGCCAUGAGUCAGGCACGUACCAUCACAAUGCCCGGAGCCCCUAGACCUGUUCAUUCAGGUGCUUUAGGCAGUUCUCAGCAGAAAUACGUCAUAGUUGCAGCCAGACCACCGCCUUCCCCAUCACCAGUGCAGGUGCCGCAGUCAGGCGCGUUGGUGAAGCUAGGUGGCAACAAACUGGUGGUUGUCUGUAUGCCUAACUCACCCGCAGCCACGUCCGCUUCCAUCAUGGCUCAGGCUGGCCAACAAAACAAACUGUUUGUGACUUCACAGGGACAACCAAUCAAGAUGGAAACCGAAGAACAGAUCAUGGACGUCCACGUCACAUGACGGACCCCGACCUUAACUCAAAGCAAAUCAGGGAUGAGUUAAAAACAAUCAGUUGUCUUGUGAAAUAUGUACAUAGAUGUUUUUAUUUGGGAUUACCCUCUCUAAUUUAUUAUUUCGUAAUCAUACUGUCACAGUAUAUUUUAGUUGUAAUCAAUAUACAAGAAAUAUAAACAAGGUAUGGAUGUUA